UUACCAUCCAUCAUUUACUAUAAUUUGUCUUCAAAGUGACGUUAGAUAUUUAUCAAAGUUGCCUAAUAGUUGAACGCUGGCCAAGAUGAAAAAGCUCAAUGCCGUCGACUGGACUAAACUUGUGAAAGAUUUCAUCCAACUGGAGCAUAAAAUUACAGCGAUGAAAGGGGAACAUAAUACUCUUGAAAUACAACUGGACGAGAAAAGCAGAUUUCUAAAACUCGCACAGAGCAAGGAGAAACAGUUAACUGAAGAGAGAGAUGGACUUUUGGAAACUGUCAAAGGUCUACAACACACCUUACAACAACAGUGCGACCUCAGAGUUGAAAAUGAAAGGCUGAAAAAUGAAGCUCUUCAGAUGAAGAAAGAAAAUGAAGCUCAAGUAGAGGAAAGCAAGACUCGGCUUCAAAGACUUGCAGCUGAGAUGAAAGUGCUGCAAGUUCAACACCAGAGGGAGUUGGAAGACCGUGAUAAAGAAACACAAAGGAAAUUGGAUGCUAAAGAUAUUGAAGUGAAAGUGGCUCAUGAGAGAAAUGAAUGUGCUUUGGAGGAGAUGAGAAAGCAGAUGAGGGAGAAAGAGAAAGAAAAGCAAAGCCAAAUCAUUAAACUUCAAAUGGAGUUUGGUGCUAAGCUUGCAAGGGCCCAGAGCAUGUCUGCAAGGAGUCAUCCGCAGACUCAAGCCUCUGCUCCUCAUCCUCAGAACAUCUUUAAACGAAAGCUCCAGUUCAUUCAGGAUGAGAAAAACAAAGAGAUUGAGGCUCUGCGUCAGAGGGUGAAAGAACUGGAACAGCAGAGCCUUUACGGAUUGAUGGACUCUUGCCUGAAGAGGAGGAAAAACUGAGACUUAUUAAGAUAUGUCUAUUGUAACGUGAGGGCCAAUUUCAUGCACCUGUUUCCGUUUGACAGUUAUAUUUAUGUAUAAAAAAAGUUAUAAAAAUGUAUUUCCCCCAGAAAAUAUUCUAAAUCCUUUUCAGUUAUGUUCUAAAUCUUUUAUGUUAUGUGUUUUUAAUUUAAUAAAUGAGCAUUUAUGAACAUA